CUUUAAAAAAGUGAAAUUACAUUGCACGAAAAUUGCAAUCGCCGUUAAACGAUUUUCAGCCAAAAGGUGUAAAAUUGCACGCACCCAACUGUGUUGAAUAUUUUGUAACAAUGGCUUCGGAAACUCGAAAAGUCGUUAUUCACCUGAGAGCCACCGGCGACGCCCCAAUUCUCAAACAGGCCAAGUUCAAGAUUGCUGGGAGUGAUAAGUUUGUUAAAGUAAUUGAUUUUCUCCGUCGUCAGCUUCACCGGGAGACUUUGUUUGUGUAUGUAAACAGUGCCUUCUCUCCGAACCCUGAUGAGCUAGUGUUGGAUCUGUGUAAUAACUUUGGGAUUGAUGGGAAAUUGGUGGUCAAUUAUGCAUGUUCCAUGGCGUGGGGUUGAUUACUGCCAAGAUUUGAUUCUGUACAAUAAUGACAGAGAAGAUAGGGUAUACUAUCAAACUUACCUUCUUUUCUUUCCAGUAUCGUGCAUAUUACCUACUUCAAAAAUACUAAAUUCGAUCUUUCUUUUCCACUGGUAGUUUGAUUUUUACAUUGAUGAUCUCAGGUAAAACUGUAGAUGCAUGUAUUGUUUCAUUCGAGCUGAAUCCACUGUGUUUGCUAGUUUGAUGAAGAUACUAUGAACAGACAGAAAUAAUCUCGAUUUAUAGAAUAGUAUUUAUCUAA